AUGUCUCAAGCUCUUGCUUUGCGAUUAAACAAGUUUAAAAAAGUUAUGUGUGAAAAGAAAAAGCCACUUUAUUGCUCAAAGAUGACAUAUCUCAGAUUAGAAGGUUUAAAAAUCUCAGAUACAUUACUUAGUGAAAUUUUACGUUUAUGCCCGAAUAUAAACUUCCUUAUUCUGGAUCAAAGUUAUGGUUUCAGUAAAAUACCGAUUAUAGAAAUUGCAAAAUACUGCCCAAACCUACAGCAUCUGAGUCUUAAUGCAUGUAUGUGUCUGACUAAUAGAUGCAUUAGUGAAAUAGUACGAUCCUGUCAAAAUUUAAAUUACAUAAAUCUUGCUUCUUUAUAUAGAGAUAGCAACAUCAGUGGUAAAUCUGUAAUCAAAAUAGCACAAUCUUGUCCCAAUCUAGUAUAUUUAAAUCUCUCUUCCCAGCCUUUUAUUAAUGAUGAAUCAAUUUGUGCUAUUGCACACUCAUGUGUAAAACUUCAAUACCUGAACUUGACUUUCAAUGAAAUAAUUACAGAUGAGUCUAUAUGUGCUAUUGCAACUGGCUGUCCAGAUGCGAAAUUAUUCUCUCGAAGGCUGUGA